CCUGCUGACCUGGCGGCAUGUUGCGGCCAAGCUCAGGGGUGUUGAUCUCGGUGAACGGGCUGGGCUUCCCACCGCAGAAUCUGGCCCGCGUGGUGGUGUGGGAGUGGCUGAACGAGCACGGGCGCUGGCGACCCUACACAGCGGCCGUCUGCCACCACAUUGAGAAUGUGCUGAAGGAGGAUGCCCGGGGUAGCGUGGUGCUGGGGCAGGUGGAUCCCCAGCUGGCUCCGUAUAUCAUCGACCUGCAGUCCAUGCACCAGUUCCGCCAGGACACAGGGACCAUGCGUCCAGUGAGGAGGAACUUCUAUGACCCCUCCUCGGCCCCUGGGAAGGGGAUCGUGUGGGAGUGGGAGAACGACAACAAUUCCUGGACUCCCUACGACAUGGAUAUUUGCAUCACCAUCCAGAAUGCCUAUGAGAAGCAGCACCCGUGGCUGGACCUCUCCUCUCUGGGCUUCUGCUACCUGAUCUACUUCAAUAGCAUGUCGCAGAUGAACCGGCAGACGCAGCGGAAGCGCCGACUCCGGCGCCGCAUGGACCUGGCGUACCCGCUCACCAUGGGCUCCAUCCCCAAGUCCCAGUCCUGGCCUGUGGGCACCAACUCCGGGCAGCCGUGUUCCUGCCAGCAGUGCCUGCUGGUCAAUAGCACCAGGGCAGCCUCCAAUGCCAUCUUGGCCUCGCAGCGGAGGAAGGUGUAUGUGGGCAACAGCAAUGGGACUCUGGCUGUUAGGCAGAGCAACACUUUCAACGGCACAGCAUUGUGGUCUGCGGGCACCAUGCCAACUGGGGGGACAGCUAAGAUGGAGCAGGUCCGGUCCCCUAGCGGCAUGCAAGUGACCACCUUCUCCCGAAGCCAGAGCGCUCCCACUGGCACCCAGCUUCCUGGGCAGAACAACCUGAACAGGCCUGGCACGCAGCGGGUUGCAGUACUGAGUACCAGGGCCUCCAUCCCACCAGGGGUUCCUGCCCUCCCGGUUAAGAAUCUGAAUGGAACCGGACCAGUCCAUCCUGCCCUGGCAGGUAUGACAGGCAUUUUGAUGUGUGCUGCUGGGCUGCCUGUAUGCCUGACCCGGGCCCCGAAGCCCAUCCUGCACCCUCCGCCCGUGAGCAAGAGCGACAUCAAGCCGGUGCCCGGGAUCAAUGGCAUCUGCAGGAAAACCAAGAAGAAGCACCUCAAAAAGAGCAAGAACCCCGAGGAUGUGGUGCGCCGGUACAUCCAGAAGGUGAAGAGCCCGCCGGACGAGGACUGCACCAUCUGCAUGGAGAGGCUGGUGGCCUCGUCCGGCUACGAGGGCUUGCUCAGCCACAGGGGCGCCAAGCCGGAGCUGGUGGGCAAGUUGGGCAAGUGCGGGCACAUGUACCAUCUCCUCUGCCUGGUGGCCAUGUACAACAACGGCAACAAGGAUGGCAGCCUGCAGUGCCCCACCUGCAAGGCCAUCUAUGGGGAGAAGACCGGGACCCAGCCCCCAGGGAAGAUGGAGUUCCACAUCAUCCCACACUCGCUGCCAGGCUACACGGAAUCCAAAACCAUCCGCAUCGUCUACGACAUCCCCACGGGCAUCCAGGGCCCAGAGCACCCGAACCCCGGGAAGAAGUUCACAGCCCGAGGCUUCCCCCGGCACUGCUACCUACCGGACAACGAGAAAGGCAGGAAGGUUCUGAAGCUCCUGAUUGUGGCAUGGGACCGCCGGCUCAUCUUCACCAUCGGCACAUCCAGCACGACGGGAGAGUGCGACACUGUGGUGUGGAACGAGAUCCACCACAAGACAGAGUUUGGUUCCAACCUCACUGGCCACGGCUACCCUGACCCCAACUACCUGGACAAUGUCCUGGCUGAGCUGAUGGCCCAGGGGGUCUCAGAAGCCAACCUGAAGGACUGAGGAGGAAGCCCCCGCUCUCUGCUAGCGUGCUUCUUGGCAGCCAAACCCCGCCUGCGUCCGUGUCUCCGUGAGUCCGUCCUCCACCACCGCCAUGCCCGGGACCACCCGCCUUCCCAGAGCCCUCACUCUGCUUCUGCUGCCUUGACCUUCAGUAACCUUCAGACUGCAAUGCUGGCCUUGGCUGGGGUGCCGCGGAAGUGUACGUCCCCCACCAGGCGGAGUGGCUCUCCCUUUAACCAAUGCCAUGUGCACGCCCCUCAGACACGCCGGCCGAUGAGCAGCAGGCCAGCAGGAGCUGCGUGAGUGACCAAGCAACGCAAAGCUGGGCUGAUUAUUUUUUUAUACUCUUG